AUGGUGGAGUCGCUCCUGCUGGGCUACGUGACGCUCAAGAGGACCUCCGGCGACCUACUCGGUGGCCACUCGGUGGCGCUAUUCCUGGUCCCUUGCCUGGCGCCGGAGACGGCGCUGGCCUGCAUCGGCCGCUGGAACGGGCGCAGGAGCGGCGACGGCGCCGGCGGACCCGGCGAGCGCGGCGCGGCCGCCGGCAGCCUCGUGCCGGAGCGGCCGGACG